GUCUGCCCUGCAUCUUUUCAGCGCACCGCAGUGGAUUCAGCCGAUCAGUACGGGACUACACAGCCACAGCACAAGAUGUAAAAAAGAAAGGAGGUGUUUUUUUUUUGGCUUUGAGUGCGUCUCAGAGAUACGUUUGUUUUAUUUUUGGACUGAGCACCCCGCAAAGCGAGAUCACUGCCUGGCUUUAUCUUUUCCUGCUUUCUUCUUCUUUGCGCUCUCGCCUCAGUGGUUAGUGGGAUGCGGGAUACGCAGCAUCACCGGCAGCAUCGUUAGAAUAAAACAGAUUCCUGUUCAGCAGGCCGGUCAAAAAAAGGGAAAAAUAAAACUCUGUUGGGAAAGGACUGCUCCUUUUUUCUUCUUCAUAUUAUUUUUCAUUUAUUAUUAUUUAUUUUUUUACUACGCGAUAAAGUAAAGGGGAUAUCUGUCCAACUAUUUGGGAUGUUUUCUUUUUUUACUACAACCCCUUAAACCGGAGAUGAUGUGGGCAUCCAGGGAUCAGAUGUAACGGGACUGCUGCUGAUCUUACCGGUGUUUUAUCUGCCCGUCUGUCUGUGCACAGAGUGUCGGAGGUGGAGAGAGUCGCGGAUCAAGAACCAGAGAACUACACAGAGGGGGAAUUGAGUUACUCUGCAAUUGCGCUUUUUUUUGCAAAUCGACGUAUUUCUGCGGGCAGAGCCUGUGCCAAAGUACCAGAGAUCUUUUUUUUUUUUUUUUUUUGAUCCGGACAAGGAUCCUGCACAGAGUGCCUCAGCUCAGCCUGCAGAGACCGAACUGUGUGUGCGCGCGCGUGUGUGUACAUACACACUUGUGUGGGAGCCGAGGGGCCACACACUGUAUGCGUAUGUGAGAUGAGGAGAAGCUAAGUGGCUACCGCAACCACGCAGAUCACACAGCCUCCUGUGCUGCAAGAUGGAUUAGAGCCCCACACCUCAGGAGAUCAAAGGUGGCUGUGACAGGGGCACCCCCGGGGCAGGACCCAUGAGGAGUCAUAGAAGAUGCUCACAGCCUGGGCGCUACUGCUCUUCUUAGCCAUGUGGGUGAGAUGCACCUCUGGUGGCCCGCUCUCCUUCCGAAUAGCUGCCAUCCUUGACGACCCUAUGGAGUGCAGCAGAGGAGAGCGCUUGGCCAUCACACUGGCCAAAGACAGCAUCAACAGGAGCAGUAAUCGCUCCACCACGAGCAAGCUGGAGGUGGACAUCUUUGAACUGCUGAGAGACAGCGAAUACGAAAUGGGGGAAACAAUGUGCCAGAUCAUGUCUAAAGGGGUGGUGGCAGUCCUGGGUCCGUCUGCCAGUCCAGCUUCCAACUCCAUCAUCAGCAAUAUAUGUGGAGAGAAGGAGGUGCCCUACGUCAAGGUGGCUCCAGAGGACAUCCUGAAGGUUCAGUUCCCACGGUUCACAACUCUGGACAUGAGACCAACCAACACCGACAUCAGCCUGGCUGUGGCCGGCCUUCUCACCUUCUUCAACAGCACCACCGCCUGCCUCAUAUGUGCCCAAGCCGACUGCUUAUUGAACUUGGAGCAGCUCCUCAGGCAGUUCCUCAUCUCCAAGGAGACGCUAUCUGUGCGCAUGCUUGAUGACAGCCAGGACCCGACCCCGCUCCUCAAGGAGAUUCGAGAUGACAAGACCGCCACUAUUAUCGUGGAUGCCAACGCCACCAUGUCUCAUAUGAUUCUGGAACGGGCGUCAGAGCUGGGGAUGCUGUCUGUCUACUACACUUACAUCUUCACGUCUCUGGAAUUCACUUUACUGCGACUUGACGAUGUGGCGGACCAGCGAGUCAACAUAGUCGGCUUUUCAGUCUUCAACAAAACGCAUCCCUUCUUCCAGGAUUUUGUGCUAAGCCUCAACCGCUCCUGGCAAGAGAACUGUGACCAUGCACCAUUCGCUGGCACCCCGCUCUCGUCAGCCCUGCUCUUUGAUGCAGUGUACGCGGUGGUGGCAGCGGUCCAGGAGCUGAACCGAAGCCAGAACGUUGGCGCUACCCAGCUCUCCUGCAAGUCCUCCAAGAUUUGGGAGCACGGCACCAGCCUCAUGAAUUACCUGAGGAUGGUAGAAUUGGAAGGUCUAACAGGCCACAUUGAAUUCAACAGCAAAGGACAGCGGUCCAACUACGCACUGAGGAUCAUGCAGAACAGCAAGGAUGGCCUAAGGCAGAUUGGCCUGUGGCACUCUGAGGAUGGACUGUCCAUGGAGAAAAAGCUUCCAUCAAUCAAUGUGACAGACACACUCUUCAACACCACUCUUACCAUCACGACGAUAUUGGAGAACCCGUACGUGAUGCUGCGGCAGAACCACCAGGAGUUUGAGGGGAAUGACCGCUACGAAGGCUUCUGUGUGGACAUGCUGAAGGAGCUGGCAGACAUUCUCAAGUUUAAGUAUCGCAUCCGGCUGGUGGGCGACGGACUGUACGGUGUUCCUGGAGCCAACGGAACGUGGACCGGCAUGGUCGGAGAGCUCAUCUCAAGAAAAGCGGACCUGGCGGUUGCAGGUCUGACCAUCACAGCCGAGCGCGAAAAGGUGAUUGACUUCUCCAAGCCUUUCAUGACCCUCGGUAUCAGCAUCAUGUACCGCGUCCACCUGGGACGUAGGCCAGGUUACUUCUCCUUCUUGGAUCCCUUCUCCCCUGGCGUCUGGCUCUUCAUGCUCCUGGCCUACUUGGCUGUCAGCUGCGUCCUCUUUCUGGUGGCAAGAUUGACGCCGUAUGAGUGGUACAAUCCUCACCCUUGUCUUAAGGGACGCUGUAACCUGCUGAUCAACCAGUACUCGCUUGGAAACAGUUUCUGGUUCCCGGUUGGAGGCUUCAUGCAGCAGGGCUCCACCAUCGCUCCGAGAGCUCUGUCUACACGCUGUGUCAGCGGAGUGUGGUGGGCCUUCACAUUAAUCAUCAUCUCAUCCUACACUGCCAACUUGGCUGCCUUCCUGACAGUCCAGAGGAUGGAGGUGCCAAUAGAGUCGGUGGACGACCUGGCUGAUCAGACGGCGAUAGAGUACGGCACCAUGCACGGAGGAUCCACGAUGACCUUCUUCCAGAACUCUCGCUACCAGACGUACCAGCGCAUGUGGAACUUCAUGCACUCGAAGCAGCCCAGCGUGUUUGUGAAGAGCACGGAGGAGGGGAUCGCCCGCGUCCUGAAGUCCAACUACGCCUACUUGCUGGAGAGCACCAUGAACGAGUAUUACCGCCAGAGGAACUGCAACCUGACUCAGAUCGGGGGACUGCUGGACACCAAGGGCUACGGCAUCGGCAUGCCUCUGGGGUCAGUGUACCGUGAUGAGUUUGACCUCGCCAUCCUCAAACUGCAGGAGGACAAUCGCUUGGAGAUCCUCAAGAGGAAGUGGUGGGAUGGUGGCAAGUGCCCGAAAGAGGAGGACCACCGAGCCAAAGGUCUGGGGAUGGAGAACAUCGGCGGCAUCUUCGUGGUGCUGGUGUGCGGCCUGCUGGUGGCCAUCUUCAUGGCCGUGCUGGAGUUUGUCUGGAUGCUAAGGCACGCGCCGGGAAACGAGCAGUCAGUGUGCGAGGAGAUGCUGCGGGAGCUGCAGGGGAUCGUUCUGUGCCGCGACAGCCUGCAGGUGAGGCGCCGGCGGGCGGCGCCCAUGCUGCGGCCCCGGCCCCUGCCCCUGGAGGAGCGCCGGGCGCGAGCCGCGGCCGCCAGCCUCAGCAACGGGAAGCUCUGCGCGGGCACGGGGCUGCCGGAGCCCCUCUCCCACAGACUGGCGCAGGAGGCCGCCCUGGUCGCGAGGGGGUGCAGCCACAUCCGCAUUUGCCCCGAGUGUCGGCGCUUCCAGGGGCUCAGGAUGCGUCCCGCGGGGGCCGGCGGGGCCCUCCCGUCCCCCGCACACAGUGAGGAGAGCAUAGAGUGGGACAAGACCACAAAUAGCAGUGAACCUGAAUAACACCUGGCGACUCCAGCAGGACUAACUUUCACAGCAGCCACCUCCCUUCUUUCCAGGGGUCAGAGAUCAUGUGGUGUUUUGAUUCAGCCGUUUGGAGUUUGUUCUCAAAGGGCGGGACAAAGCUGUGGACGGUGCUUUGCCCCAGAGGCGACAGCCUGAGUCCGUUUUUGGAAUCUCCUUGGGUGAUUUUUUUCCUUGGUCAUAGGAGAAGCUGAUGAGUCUGUCUCGUUGUGGUCGGUCCCUGUUGGCCCUCUGUACCUUUUCGAAACAGGACGGACGAAAACGGCCACGGGACAUUUGUACUAUGCAGUAUUUUCAGUCAUCUAUCAUUGUGCUGUUUCCUUUUUCCUUUUUAAAUUAUUUCUCUCCUCUGUUGGAUUAUUAGUACUGAAUAUUGUUACUCUAAUGUUAAAAAAACAAACUUUAAUGACUUUUUUUUAUCAGACAGUUUACUGUAUGUGCGUGUAUUGCCUCUGAAGAGCUGCAUAGGCGAACAGACUAAUGCAAAGGUCAUCCGUCAAAUCCUUUUAUUUUGAAAGUGCCAAAAACCACAAGUAUUGGCCUUGUGGCUGAAGAAAGCACCACGGCCUUGAGGAGACAACAAACGAACCCGUUAAAACAAACUUACAGACACACGGACUUCUUUUAUAGUAGUGAUAUUCUAUUAAAAAGGAAAAAAAAAAAUGUUUUAACUGUUGGUAUCUCUGAAAGACAGCAAUGCAUGUCCGGAAACGCCGGCAGGUGCUCGCUGAAUGAUUAAUUGCUGAAGUGGAGGCUGAGAUGUGAACUGAACUGAAAGAAUGGUUUCCUGUUUUGAAUACCUGCGUAAAAAAAAAAAAAAACACACAGUGGCUACACACAAACACAUUUAAUUUACGUCCUCCCUGUCCCGACAUCUCUUUCUCCUCCAUCUGUCCUCUAUAGUUGGCACAAGACAUGUUCAGGUUACUUACGGACCGGCCUGCGUGCGAGUGAACACCCGACAGUAGGAAGAUUUUUAUGUGAGCGGUUCGACUUGAGUUCUUUCAAAUGUCAAGGCAGUUAAACUUGUAGUGAAUGUGAUGUUUUACACACUGCUCCGAGGAGCCUCUCAUUUCUGAUUUAGAUGUGUUCACGCUCUUCACCAAACCGAGAAUACGUGAACGGGGUUCAUCGUGCAAACCGGAGGAAGCUAGGAAGCGAUGGUCGAGUCGUCGUGUUUCUGUCCAGUCAAGUUGUUUCACUCCGCUGAAAUGUAUUCACUGAUCCUGGUGUAAAAGAAUAGAUAUCUACUUAUCAGAUAUACCUCCAGACGUGAAAACACAGUGAGAACAAACCACCAGCAACAGGCAUCUUCAGAUCCACCUACUUAACACGACUCUUCCUUGCUGCGCCCGCCGGUUCCUGCCGUACAAAAAGCCCGACUGUUGCACACUUUGAAUCGGUGGUCUCCACCCGUCCGCGCCGCUCCCUGCUUAUCUCUGAUGUGUCCAUCAUUUCAAAUCCGCCCAUCACGUUCUGUCAAUCACCGUCCUCCAGAAGUAGGCCACCAGCUUGAAGGCACCAUCUCCCGCACUUUUAUUAGCCGCGCUUCGUUAUGUCUCACCUGUGGUGUGUCGUAGUCCCUGCGUGUGGUCUUUCAAAUUGGAAAACUUGGUAAAGGGAGGAUUGUUUCCCUUACACGUUAUUUUGCCGAAUGUUUUUAUGUAAAAUGUUUUGUUUUUUUUAUGUCACCUUGCUGUUAAAUCAUGCUGGGAUUUGUGUUAGCAUUUCAUAUAUAGAUGUUAUUUUUUACUCUCUCUGUGCAUCCAGUCCUCCAGUAAGGAAGCGCUGUUGUCCCAAAGGAGGUGUGUAAACAGAGUCAAUCUGCAGGUUGCCCGACGUCCUGUUCAUUUUAUUAGUUCAUUUGUGUUAGCAGAACAGAGACGCACACUUCCACCUGUACGAUGUUUCUAGGGAAACAUUUAUGAAUUCGCAAAGUCCUCAGAAUAUUAAUGUCAGCUUUGUACAUUUCUUCAUAGAAUAACUUGUUGAAGGCCGAUUUCCAGUCAAAUCAAAGCAGAAAACAUUGCAGUUUUAUAAAAAGAAGUUUUUAUCCAUUUGCCGAAUGUCACCAAGGAACUGAUGAGGGUUUGAAGGCUCCGGCUGCUCUCGAUGCUAACUUCUUAAACACUGAAAACAUUUACAGGGGUGCUAAAUCAAGCGUAGUUGGAAUGAGAUUGCCAAUUACCUCGAAGGCGCGAAGAGCAGUAGAGUACGAAUUAAAACAAAUCCCUCCGAAACACUGGGGCCACCUUCCAUGGGAGACCGGCGAGAGAGACGGCUGCUGCAUGUCAUGUUGUUUUCUUACGUUGACGUUUUUAUUCAGUUAUAAAUACGUUUCCUAAACCCUCCUCCGUUCUUUGGCCUCCUGGUCCCUUGCUCCGAUGUAUUCGACCUUCUCAUCUGCUCACGUCUGUCACGCUAAAUAGCUCCGGAGCGCGCUUCUUUAAGCUUCAUUAUUUGGCGUCAGGAGGAACAUUCGGGCGGCGCUUGCAUGAGGAUGAGGGCGUUUGGGGUUUUCUGGCUGAGCAAACACAACAACUGCUGAGCGAGGCACAAGGAUCGGAUGCAUCUACCUCUCGUUUUCUCGCCCGUAACUGAAUUAGCGUCUGUGCACUUGCGAAUCCUCCCGAGCAGCUGAGAAUUUGAGUGGGAAGGAAGUGUAACGGGGGCUAAUGAGUUUAACUACUCACUCAUGUGCCGUAUAAGCAUCCGCUCGCCCAUAGUCCAUCUAUCACUGUGUUUUUAGUGGAUUUUUCUGUCUCCUCAGGAUGGUGAGCGAACACCACAAAACACACAUCAUCUGAUUUACAGUCCUCUCCUCUCCUCUCCUCUCCUCUCCUCUCCUCUCCUCUCCUCUCCUCUCCUCUCCUCUCCUCUCCUCUCCUCUCCUCACCGACUGCAUGUCACUGCUGUGUUCAGUUUAUAUUAUCCUCCUGCCUCUGGUGCUCCAGCUCCAUAAAUUAAGUGCGUCUCUAGCCCGGCACCGCCUGGCUGCCAUUGGAUUUAUGGAGCCCAUGAUGAGCGUUGAGUGCCUGCGGAGGCGCCCUGUUGUAGCACCUAGCAAUACCCACUAGGUGACUGUUAUUGUGCAAGGAUUUAGGAAUUGUAGAGUACCUAGCUUGAUGCAUUUUGCCGCCCUGACUCCUCAAAGGCGAUACAUUUUUAUUUUAGUGUGUUUCAGUAUUUGCUGGCGUCUCAGUUACACAAACUUCACAUUUUUGAAUUUCUGAACCUCUGUGUCCACUUUCAGGAAGCCAAAACAUGAAACCUGAGUCAUUUAUUUUGAAUCUUUUAAAUAUUGUAUAUCGUGUGUCUUUAACUCUGUAUUCAGUUUGACUUAAAUGUUUUUUUUUUUGUUUUGUUUUUUACUGCUGUGAAUCUGUUCAUCACAUUUCUCCUGCCAACACUACAUCCCCUUUAUUUCCUCUCUGACGGCACACGACUAAUGAUUUUAAGGAUAACAAUUGAAAUAAAUAAGAGACUAUUAAUGGUAACUACCAGAUCCCCAGCGAGACCGGUGUAGAUUUUAAGUGAGAGCUUUCCCAUUGAUUUGCCGGCAAUUAAUUGUUGUUGUUGCUGUGCUCGGAGGAAAAGGUGUUCGGAGAGGAGUAAUUCUCCACCAGGUGAGACGCUGCCCGGGCGGUUACACAGCCUUUUGUUCGCUGACAGUUGUUGAACAUAUUGACCAAAACAUCUUGACAUUGUUUGUCUUUCAGAGAAAUAAAAUGGAGCUUCAUUUACUUUGA